AUGAACAACGAUCUCAGAUAGAAACACCGUGCUAAGGAGGAAUAUCAGGAGCGAAUUGGGAAGCGCAGCCAUGGGAUCAUACCUAUGGCCACACAUCAUUACCUUGUCGGACGAUGGUACCAUUUCCCCCCUCUUGGUCUUAUUCGUGAUCUAUUCUUCCGUCGCUGUGGACUCUUCCCUUUUCUUCCUUUCUUUCCCUCUACCUCAUUUCUCCCACCCUCCCACUGUAUAGCUACGCCUGACUCUUUCUCUCUUUGUGUCUGGCGCUGUCUGCGACUUUCGUUUCCAUGAUCCAUCCUGUUUUCUUUUAAGAUGAUCCUCCCGCAGUGGUUAUGGGCAGUAUGCCUGACCGUCUUCGUGGCGGGUCGGGGAGCGAUGGGCCUUCAGCUCAAGGCCGAUGAUGAAGACUCAAUCAAAGAAGCGGCCGCGACGACGGCCUACAAUAUGAUGAGCCAAUAUAGCGGAAACGAGACCGGCCAGGUUCCCGGAAAGCUCGGCGGCACGUGGUGGGAAGGUGGCGCCAUGUUCAUGACCCUGAUCCAAUACUGGUACUGGACCGGCGAUGACUCGUACAACGGGCCCGUCUCGCAGGGCAUGUACUGGCAAAAGGGGAACGACGAUUACUUCCCCUCCAACUACAGCAACUACCUGGGGAAUGACGAUCAGGUCUUCUGGGGCCUGGCUGCCAUGACCGCCGCGGAGCUGAACUACCCGGAGGACGAGGGCGAGCCGUCCUGGCUGUCCCUGGCGCAGGGUGUGUUCAACACCCAGGUGCCGCGGUGGGAUACCACCGCCUGCGGCGGUGGCUUGCGCUGGCAGAUCUACCCUUACCAGGAGGGAUACGGGACCAAGAACUCGGUCUCCAACGGCGGCCUGUUCCAGUUGGCCGCGCGGCUGGCCCGGUACACCAACAACGAGACGUACUCGGAGUGGGCCGACAAGAUUUGGGAUUGGAGCUCGAAAAGCCCGCUGGUGCAGCCGGACCGCUGGUUCGUCGCCGAUACCACCGAUCUGGACACGAAUUGCAAGAACGCCGGCAACCUCCAGUGGACCUACAACUACGGCAUGUACCUCAGCGGGUCUGCAUAUAUGUAUAACCUGACCGAUGGCGACGGUAAAUGGAAGCAUCGCGUGGACGGGCUGCUCAAGUCCGUGGAGAAGACUUUCUUCCCCAAGACGCAUGGAAGCAAUAUCCUCUCCGAGGUCGCCUGUGAGCCCAACAUGAAGUGCGAUCGAAACCAAGACUGCUUCAAGGGGUUCUUGGCCGCCUGGCUCACCUUCAUGACCACCAUCGCCCCCUACACCAGCGACCGGAUCAUCCCUAAGAUCCAAGCCUCCGCCGAAGCAGCCGCCAAGCAGUGCUCAGGUGGCAAAUCCGGCAGCGCCUGCGGUCGGCGAUGGUACCAACCCAAGUGGGACGGGUCAACGUCGCUGGAGUCGGACAUGAGUGCCCUGAGCAUCAUGUCGUCGGCGAUGAUUGCGCACAGGAAGACCAGCGACGGAGGCAAAGGUGGCAAUGGCCCAUUCACCUCGGACUCGGGGGGUAAGAGUAAGGGAGACCCACACGCUGGUACCGGCAGCACCAACGAUGGCUCGGACGACAAGCUGGAGCCGAUCACGACGGGUGAUAAAGCCGGGGCGGGGAUCCUGACGGCCGUGUUCGCGGGCGGAUGGGUCGGAGCGGUAGCUUGGUUGCUGUACGGGCUAUGAGAGCUGUCUGUCGUUUGCAGGAGUGUUAUCAUUGGCGCCGGACGCCUCGAUUAUUACCCAUUGAAGGCGCUGUCUGACCGUGGUCUGUCUCUUUUUUUUCUUUUCUUUCUUUUCUUCCCUCUCUUGGUCUCAUUUCUUUUCUGUUCUAUGGCCUUGUUGGCCUCGGUUCCCUGCAUUGGGACGAU